AUGAAUUUCACAAAAGCUUUGAAUGUUGUGCACAACAGAGUCCAACAACUUGAACCAGAGAAUGCAUCGAAGAUCAUCGGUUAUCUCUUACUGAUGCAAGAGCACAACGAUCGUGAGAUGAUCCGUCUAGCUUUCUGUCCAGAUUCCGUGAUGCGUUCCAUGAUCAACUGUGUUAUAUACGAGCUCGCUAAAACUUCGCGUUACCACAUUCCUUCUUCCGAUCACAUCCACAUCCGUAAAUCCGGUUCAUCAUUUACCGGUUCAUCGAACCAACCCCUUUCGGUUUCUCCUCCUUCGGUUCUCUCCAUGAGAACCGGUUUUUGGGAGAAUCCCUCAAGCGAAAUGGAUUCCUUGCAGAACAAUUCUCAUUUCUUGAAUCUUGAGGAUUAUAUGACCAGCUCUGAAUUCUCAACCAGUUUCUUCCCUCAUGAGAAACAAAGUCUGCCGCCGAGAACAAGCCGGAGAUCUCCUAGUUUACCCGAGUUUCCGGUCAAGAUCUGCCUUUACUUCAGCAAAGGGUACUGCAAACACGGCAACAACUGUAGGUACUUCCACGGGCAAACCAUACCGGAGAGAGAGAGCUUUGCUCAGAUGUUUAAUCCAAACAACAGCGACGAAGAGCAUGUUGUUUCCUCUGUGUCACUUGAGAAGCUAGAAGGAGAGAUCAUCGAGCUUCUCAAAUCAAGAAGAGGCGCUCCAAUCUCCAUCGCUUCAUUGCCAAUGAUGUACUACGACAAGUACGGUAGGACCCUUCAAGCUGAAGGAUAUCUUACAGAGUCUCAAAGACACGGCAAAGCUGGCUAUAGCCUCACCAAGCUUCUUGCUCGCUUGAAGAACACCAUCCGCCUCAUCGACAGGCCUCAUGGGCAACAUUCUGUUAUACUAGCAGAAGAUGUGUCGAAGUUUGUGGAAUAUACGGGAGAGAGAAACGAACACGGAGCUAUCCUUGCUGGCUCUAGACAGAUUUACCUAACGUUUCCGGCAGAGAGUAGUUUCACUGAGCAUGAUGUCUCAAAAUACUUCUCCAAAUUCGGACAAGUGGAAGAUGUGAGGAUUCCUUGUCAGCAGAAGAGGAUGUUUGGGUUUGUGACUUUUGCUUACACGGAAACAGUGAAACACGUUCUUGCUAAAGGCAAUCCUCAUUUCAUCUGCGGAGCUCGUGUUCUCGUCAAGCCUUACCGGGAAAAAUCACGCUCUAGUGGUAGAUACCUUGAUCACAACAACAAGCCUCUUCACGACUACCGAUAUGACUCUCAGUAUAUUGACAGAGACAUGGAGAUGAACACUUUGUCGAUGCGGGUUAGCGAGAGCUCAAGACUAGUGAGGAAACAGUUUCUUGAGGAAGACGAGCAAUCAAUCUCUAAGUCCUUACCUACUAAUUACUCAUACCUUGGAUUCUCCUCUAAUGACUUCAGGCUAACAACAAAUGAGGAACAAGAGGAACAAGCGGGACAGUUGAGCUAUCUGCUGGAUUAUCUAAACACCGAAGAUAAUCUCAUGAACAUAAGAACUAACUACAAAGACACUGAUCCGAGGAUGCAUUGUGAAUCUUUAGACAGCCAAGUUCUAAAUCUACCCGAGAGUCCGUUUUCUUCCCUUUCGGGGAAGGAGAUUUCGACGUUUACGUAG